AUGAGUUCCCACGAAUCAUUCUUUUCGUACAAUACCACACGGCCAUAUCCUUUUCGAUGGUUCACUCCAGUUGUUAUCGGAGGCGGAAUAGUCGUCACGGCCCUCGUGUCUUUUCUCAAUGUCGCAGCCUCUGGCUAUGAGCUGGCCGCGAUCUCGACCACCGACCCGAACAAGGUACGCUCAGGGGCGGAGUGGUUCGACAGCUGGCCGAAAUGGCUGGCUAGCACUCGUGCGUCCUGCGACCCAACCACCAUACCGCUGCAGACUGGCCUGUAUACGAACAAUACCGCCACGCUGCUGCAAUACAGAGUUGCUUCAGUAUCGACGUACGAUGUGCCCGGAUCCGACAACAAGACGAUACUGGGCUCGCUAGUCUAUGACAACAACCCUCUUUCGAGGUGCAAUGUGACCUCGGUACUGAUAAGCAUCGAGGCGAACGACCGCCCCGCAGCCCAUGUUUCUGAGUCGUCGGUUGGCACUGUGCUGACGGCCAAUGUUGAGUGCCUGCUCGAAAGCCACGGCAAGCCGACGACAUAUCUAGAAUUGGUCACGACAUUCGGUGCCAACCGUUCACCGAGCGUUUCAAUUUCAUUGGGUCACGCAUCAGGAGGCCUGUGGUUGGGUACUAGCUUGUUAAUGUGGUACUCGGAUGAGUUGGCCAAGAAGUAUUAUCUCGAGAACGUGAACCUUGACACGCCUUUUUUCAAGGCCGAGGCCUUACUAUCGCGCACAGCCGGCUAUCGUACCUCAAGGCCAGCCACCAUGGACCAAAUAAUGGACAUGGACUUCCUCCAAAUGGACAGCUGCUGGCUUAUGCCGUUGAACUCUACGGGUAUCUCGCACGCGAACAACUACUGUGACAGCCACACCAUUUCGGAGCUCUCACAAGGUAGCACGGAGCAGAAGCCACUCGCCAGCAUUUGGGAGCCAUUAAGCUGGCUAGGAAAGGCCAUGUGGUUCACAGUUCUGGCAGACCUCGGAAGAGACGACGAGCUGUUACCCAACAUACUUUCACGCCCGAGCCUGCUCGGAAACCUGACGAACAACACAAGUUUGCCUGCGGAUGUUGACGACUUUGCAAUCACGCCGUCUGCAUUCGCGACAACAUAUAUAUGCCAGGUGCCGAGACUAAAAUCCACGGGGACUCUCCUUGUGUCGGUGCUGGUGGCGGAUUUGGUGUUGCUGCAAGCUAUUUGGAAGCUAUUUGUUCUUGCGAUGAAUUAUUUUAUGACUUUGAACAAAGACGAGAUGCAGUACUGCAUUGCAGCCAACGUCGUCGUUCUAUUAUCCAGCAACGGAGCCAAGGUGGACACAUGGACUCGGGGGGGCGUCCAACCCAGCACAUUCCUCUCUAUAUCCGCAGUCAUAUCCAACUUGUGCCUGGCUUUAGUGUACAACCAGGGCCUAGCGCAGGCUUUCUGGAUUCGAAGCCUCCGCGGGUCCUCAAUUGAAGGACUGCACCACCAAUGGGAUGCUGGCCAAUCGUCCUUUGGCGCAGUGAGGGCUCUUGCUGCUGGACAAGGCAUCGCAAGCGCCUGUGCGAUGCUCGCGGUUGCCCUCUCCGCGUUGCGCUCUCCCCUCAACCAAGCCGCAGUGCGGGUGGUUCAAGGCAACCUCACUUCGCAGGGCACGCUGGACGUGCAAGUUGCCCAGAAGCUCCCGGACAAUCACACCGCCUACGGUGUUAGCGGCACGCAGUAUGGGAACUCGUCCAAGGCGUCGGCGUACCUUACAGAGAGCUUCGACGCGAUCGUGCUGGGCUACAACAAUCGCGCCACGAUGAAACUGAGACACACGGAGUGCGGAGACUCGUGUGAGACGGCAAUCAGUGGGUUCGGCUUCGACGCGGACUGCACUACUGUGUCGCAGGAUGGGCUGUUCAGCGAUCCGUCUGGCGAAACUAUCGUAAUGUUCUCGGCGGACGUGAACAUAUGGGCGCAGAAUCUGUCAGACGCAUAUCAGGGCUCGGGAUCAAACUCUUCGACGUCGAGUAAGAGAGAAUCCGACGUUGAUACGUCGACGCCUUACGAGACGUGGGAUACAGCCGUCUACAAUGCCGGCUUGAAUAUUUCCAUUUUCUUUCGGCAGGCCGAUGGCCCUUAUCCCACGUUCCGGAAUUGCCUCCUGCAGCCGUCAGUCAUGGCCUACCCGGUCACAUUGACCAACGACAGUACCGUUACCCUGAACGGGGCAUGGUCAACCGACAAAAAGAUCAAAACCGUGAACUAUACAGGCCCGUUCUUUUACCAAGUGGACAGUGCUACAGAGAUAGUCUAUCACAGCUCCCACAUCACAACAGUUGGUGGCUUCCAAUACGCCGGCUCGACUUUGUUCAAGUCGUCGGCAAUCUUCAAUGGUUCUAUGCCUAUUUUCGAUGGCUUACUGUCCAACCUAUAUUUCAACGGCAGUUCAAAAUCAUGGUCUGAUCCGACAGACGACAUCUUGAAUGCUUUUCGGGAGCUGUCCUUCCGCACCAGCACCAUAAAAGCACUCUACCUGAUGGACUGGCGGUAUAUGGUGGGAGGACUGGUCGUCUCCCUCCUGGCCGCCUUGAGUGUGCUUCCGCUUUUCUACGGAUUCUGGCACCUGGGCCGUGAGGUCAGCAUGAACCCGUUCGAGAUCGCUAUGGCGUUCGAUUCCCCGCUGCUGGCCGAUGCUAGACCGCAUUGCGGCGCAGGUGACGUUGUGAAGCAGAUUGGAAACAAGCAUAUUAUGUACGGAGCAUGCACUACUCAGGAGCCAUCGUCUCCUCUUCGCUUGAGGUUUGGGAUGUCUGGCGAUAGUUAG